UCAAAAGUCCCUUUGCUUUUUUGGUUUGGCACUACUUAAUAGUGAUCGAAAUGCCCAUUUUCUGUAAAAACGCUUCGUUGCCUUAAACCUUCUAAACCCCUUUCCCAUGGCGGCCCUGAAGCUUCUCCUCUCCUCAGCUCGCCGUCACUGCCUUUCCAAACCGCACUCCCAUCUUCAUCCACCUCCAUUUCUAAGCUACCGCAGAUCCUUUAGCUCCGAAUCCGACCCGACCCAGAACCCGAACCCAAACUCUCCCUCUCCUCAACCCCCUACUCGACAAUCCGUGCCGAUCGAACCCGUUUCCUACUCUCUCAAGCCCAAAGACCACUCCUCACCCGACCCAGACCCAACUUCCCAACCCGAACAAACAUCACCACAGCCGCCGAGCGGGCCUCGGGACUUGCCCAACUCACCGAGUCAGGAAACUCGCUCCGAGUGGACCCGUGAAGAGGCUCGGUUCUUAAGGCACGUGCCCUCUAUAUCUCCGGUAUCGUACCGGGUCAAAGUUGCUCCGUUGCCGGAAGAUAGGGUCCCUCAGGAGGCCGAGGGAGGCGAAACCGGAGCUGAGAAGGGUGGGGAGAGUGUGAAGGAUCACGGGGCGGUCUUGGAGAGAGAGAAGAAGAGGAUCGAGGCGGAUGGUCGAUUGAGAAGGAGGCUUUUCAGGGUACCGGAGGAGGAGGUGGUGGUUCCUUUUCCCACGUUGAUUAACGUUGAGAAGAAGGAGAGGAAGCCUAUUCUUGAUGUAAUGGACGCAAUUCGCCAAGUCAAGGCUAAUGCCAAGUGCAAAUUUGAUGAAACUGUUGAAGCUCAUGUUCAAUUGGGUAUUGACGCCAAGAGAAAUGCAGUUCGUGGUAAUAUGACUUUGCCUCAUGGUAGUGGGAAGGUUGUCAGGGUUGCUUUCUUUGCUGAGGGCGCAGAUGCAGAUGAAGCUAAAGCUGCAGGAGCAGAUAUUGUUGGCGGUGUUGAACUUGUGGAGGAAAUUGCAAGCACUCAUAAGCUCAAUGUUGACAAGUGUUUUGCAACAAAUGAAAUGAUUAUGCGCCUGGCAAAGAUUGCAAGGAUUCUUAGAGAGCGUGGUUUGAUGCCUGACCGGAAACUAGGCACUGUCACUAAUGACAUCUCUGGAGCACUGCAAAAAGUAAGACAAGGUCAUAUUGAGUAUAGAAUGGACAGAACAUCAAUUGUACACGUGGGACUUGGAAAGGUAAGCUUUACAGAGGAGUACCUGCGUGAGAACAUUGGUGCCUUUAUGAGUUCUCUUUUGCUGGCAAAGCCUACGGGAUUAAAAAAGUCUUCCAAAUAUGCUGGGUAUAUUAACUCCUUCCACAUAUGUAGCACGAUGGGUCCAGGAGUUCCAGUUUCAAUACAGUCAUUAUCCAAAGCUGCAGAUCACUACAAUAAAAUGCACCUCAAGUGAUGUGCUCUGUUGACAUUUCCAACAUAGAUCAGUGGUUCAAUCUUUGUUUUCUGUGAUUUUUUACCCUUUUAGGAAGUGAGGGCUCUCAUUGUCUCUCUCAGAGCAGGAGGAUAUUGAUCGGGUUCAAUGGAAUAGUAGAUCGAUGUGGCUAGGAUUACGCGAGUUAAUAUCUUGUUUUUGGGUCAAAUCUGCCGGGCAUCCAAGUAUUUUUGCAUAUGGAAUUUUGGCAGUACUGCUUCAUCAACAUGAUCUUCAUGUUUCAUUGCUUAAUUAAGUCACAGAUUUGACCAAAAAUAAACGGUUCAUGUUUCUCCUC